AUGAAGAGGAUUCGCAGGGGUACUACUAAAGCUUCAUCAUCACGACCUAAUAGACAACGUCCCACGGCCUCAGCGAGGAGACAGAGAGCGGCUCCCCAAGAUCACAUUGAGGAUACUACAGAGGUUGAAGAUGUAGUUCCUACUGAUUAUAGUAAUGUUGACGCAAAGGUUGAAGAUGUAGCUAUUGCUCAGGAUAGUAAUGUUGAGGUACAUGCCGAGCCUACUAAGCCAUCUCGAGUAGGUCCCAUUGAUCCAUCUUUACUUACGAGUUUUAAAACUCACAUAGCAGCUACAAUUUGGAAUAACCAGGAACGUGAGCCCCUUAGGUGCAUGUCGAAAACAUCUACCCUUCGUGAGUGGAAUUGGUGGGGUAAUCCAAAUAAUAGUAUAUUCAAAGGGUACAUUCAGAGGUCUGGAUUAGAGCACCUUAUUAGGUGUUCUUAUCGGAAUGCUGAUAAGAUUGUGGUGUCUACAUUUGUUGAGAGGCAUUCUGUGUCUGGUGCAGCGGUUGCUCCUCUUGGAGAUGAUGACGACACAAAUUUUGAGUUGUUAGUUAAAUACUUAGGAGUGACUGAUGAAGAGGCUACUGAACAAUUGCACAAAUACAAUGAUGAGUAUGUGAGUUUGUCAUGGUUACGGGUGCGAUUCUCCAAUGUUUCAGACACAAAUUCAGAGGAGUACAUCAUGUAUUCGGCCAGUGAUAAGAAAUCUCUGUGGCCACCACAGACUCUCUCAAUUUCCUCAUAA